UAAAGGAGAGGGCAUUGCAAUAAACCCUUUAUUUUUUCGUAAAUGGUUUAAAAUCAAAAUCAAAUGGGAGGCAAACAUCAUGGAAACUACAUAAACCCAUGUCUCACAUUGCGUCAGCCAUGGGCCUCUUUGCUUGUUCAUGGUAUUAACCGUGUUGAAGGCAGAUCAUGGCCUGCCCCUGUUAGAGGCCGACUUUGGAUUCAUGCAGCUGGUAAGGUCCCAGAUGCAGCCACAAUCAAAGCGAUGGAGGAUUUUUACAGGGAAAUAUAUGCUGUUAAUGGGAUAUUAGACAUCAAAUUUCCAGAACAUUACCCAGUUUCAAAACUUCUAGGUCAUGCUGAUUUUCCCCUUACCCGCUUCUUUUGAUAUAUGUAGUUUUCUUCAAAUAUAACACUUUGGUGCAGGGAUGUCUCAAAUAUAGUGUAAACAGAUUGAUUCAUAAAGAUUUACUGUGGUAUGUGAUUUCUCUGAUAUCUGAACCUCACAAAUGUUUUGAGAGCUAUAGGGGGGUAAUAGAAAGCAUGGAAGGAGCCAGAUAAUUGAGUGGUCUCCUUAGCUGUUAGCGAACUCGUCCACUGCCUUCUUUUCUGCUA